AUGUUAUUGACCAGACUCACGAUAACAGGAACAGACGAUGCAUAUAGAACGUUAUCUGUGCUGGACGUGUGUGCCUGGACAGAGAUAACAUGUCGUUUCGAAGAUUCUGGGACUUUGAUGUAUUCUGUAGCAAUUUGGACGGAAGGUGCUUGCAAGCUGAGAGAUGCUGGUUUAUGGUUCACCUCAAGAUUUGGAUCUAUAAUCAUGAUAGAUGCACCGUUGAAAGUGAAUAGACACUCCAGUAAUUUCAACUUUGACUGGAUAGAAGAGAAGAACGUGGCAGACUCGUCCGUUGGCCGUGGCUGCACAACUUGA